UAUCAUCUUCUAUUUCCAGUUUGGAUGUGCGGCAGAAACAGAUGAAGAGUGAGAUCCAAAUGCUGACAAGUUCACAGCAAAAUGACAUUACCAAAAUGAACGAUACUAUCAUCCAUCUCAAGAAUCGUGUUCAGUCCGGUGUUCAGUCUCGUGUAGCUUUUACAGCUGGAAUUCUAGGAGAGAUAAGCGGAAAACAUAUAUAUACAGGAACUGUUAAAUUCCCAAAAGUCAUAUACCAGGUGGGAGGAGGAUACAACCCUACAACAGGAAUAUUUACCGCCCCGAAGGCUGGACUCUACCUUAUAUUCUGUACUACUGUGGCAUAUGACCAUGAAGCCUUCUGGACAAAAAUAAUGGUUAAAGGUUCAGUAAAGGCUGGAGUCAUGGCUUGGACCGCAUCAUCUUUUACUGUCUACCAAUCAGCCUCCAACCUUGUGGUCCACCAGUUACAGGUGGGAGACAGGGUCUGGAUAGAAGUGGAAUAUGGAAGUCAUCUGUACUCAUAUUUUCCAGACACGACAUUCUCUGUUGUCAUGAUUAAUGGCUCAGAAUAAAGUACUACUGUGACACGAUUACUUUCAAUUCCAUAGGUAUUUUAUAUUGUCUUGAUAUUCACUUCUCUUACAAGAUAUCCAACUCAAUU